AUGGCGGCCAUGUCCGUGGGUACUACCAAGGAGGCCGCAAGAGCCUGUACACUGUCGGCGAGCUGCCGUUCAGUACCAAGGAGUUUGAGGUCACCUUACCUGACAACAAGCCAGGUCCAUCUGAGCAAAGGUGCUCGAUAUUGUGUUGCGCAAUAUUGUGCUCAACGAACGCAAUGGCAUGGGAUUAAGAAGGCCCUCAGGGGUGUGAGAGUUGAGGCCGCCCACCGAAUUAUCGCCUGGCAAAACCAAGAGAGUGAGGGAGUACUUCAGAGAAACUUACAAGCUGCAACUACCUUGCAAUUUUCUCCCCUGCCUGCAAGUUACAGAGCAGAAACCCAACUAUCUUCCAAUGGAGGUGCCUCCAAAUAA